AGUAUUACCCACAACGGUCAUUUUUUUUUCCCUCCUUCCUGGUCGCGUUGAUAAUGAAGCGCAGUUACCGCGACAACAAGCCACGCUUCCACAAGCACAGGCAAGGCAAGAUGCUGUUGCCACACAACCAGCUCUCCGGCUUGUUCUUCACGGUGAACCCGCGCCAGGAAUCCCGAGCGCAGCGGGAGGCGCAGCUGUACCUGUCCUCCCUCACACCCGACCUGGAGGCAGCGCAGGAGGCGUUCACGUGCAGCACCGACGGUCAAAUCGCCGCCAAAUGUGGUGACAGCGCUCCUUUCAGCAGCAGUGGGGAAGACGCGGUGGUGGAGGCGCCGUCGGCCUCGCUGUCGAGUCUGUUGGCCGCGGAACUGGCGGCGUGCAGUACACAGGAUCAGCGCGGCAACCGCUACAACUCCGCCAAGCGCCCACGUACUGAGAGCGACGCGGUCGGUAGCAACCGAGGCGACGCGGACGCACACGCGGACGACGACGACGACGAGAGCGGCAACCCGUCCGCUCACAAACAACGCCAAGCACCGCAGCGGCGCAGUGAGUGGUUCGCGCCUCUCGAGACCGGCUGCAAAGGCUAUCUCUUUCUCAAUGUGCCCAUCGUCAACGCCAAGGUCACGUGUCCAACGUGUCACGCGGGGACGAACGCGUCGGCGCUGGAAGGUGAUGAAAACGGUGGUGUGCCUUCGUCGGAGAAUGAAGUCGCCGGUGGCGCGCCAUCAGCAACGGCGGGCAACGGUGGCUGCAAAGACAGUGGCGCCAUGGCGCCGCACACCAUCGUGGUAAACCCGCUCGUCUCGCGCAUUACGGAGCGCAUUUUCGAGGACCUCGCCGCGAAUCCGCGGCCGAUCUUCCGCAACUGUUUUCGCCUCAUGCCGGCUGAGCUGACCUGCUGCCCGACGCCGCCGGAGAUGCAGACGGCGCUGCGUAAGCUCCUGGAUCUGCACUUUUCACCAGCGACGGCGUCGCAGCCGGUCGUGUCCGCCGAGGACGCGGUGGACUUCCACCAGCCUAUUCCGCUGCCGGCCUGGGGAGCUGAACAACCGCGCCGCUCGAUGCACACCAUUGCACUGCAGUUCACGGUCAAGAACAACACCAACGUGGAGCAGAAAAAGGCGUCGCUUGUGUCAGAGCUGGCCGCCGCCAUCCCCGCCAACCGCUUCAUUGUUGUCGCACACCCGUCGUCCAAAACGAAGUGUGUUGUCGAAGCGACGGUGUGCAUCUUCGUGGCGCACGCAACGUGCGUGAUGGGACUGCAGCGCCGCGUGACGGAGCGCCGCGGCUUCAACCUGCACGCCGUCGGCGAAGAGGCGUUCGUGCUAUCCAACGCCGUCCGAGGGUCGCGCAAGGAGGAGGAGCAGUAG